AUGGCAGAAAAAAAUUAUAGAUUAGAUCCGAUCUUUCAAUUAUAUGAUCCAAUUCGUUAUUCGAUUAAUAAGCAAAAAGAGGAUUACAUUAUCAUAUCACCAACCGUUGGCUCUAGGUCUCAACUAAACGAUGGGGGCUGGAUACCCGAUGUCGGUGACGGAGAAGUUUUGAAAGAACCGGUAAGAAAUGUUACAAAUGAUGCAAAUGAAGAUAGAAUGAGAGCUAUUGCUCGAAAAACAAUAGAAAGAGUAGGACGGGCAGAAAUCAACGAUGAUAAGAUAUUCUUUGGAGAGAAUGCUUCAGAUGCAAAAUUAGAAAUAAUGAAUCUCCAAAUUUUCAUACCCGUAAUAACACCAUCAAUUGAAGGAGAAACGAGAAUAUUCAACUCAUUAACUAAAGAUAUUGAAAUAGCUUUUCUUCGUCGCAAUACAUUAGGUAGCAUAACUUUAACUGGAGAAUCCACUACAUGGCCAAUCACUAACACUAUUAAACCAGCAAGAUAUUUAAUGGUUGGUUUCAAGAACUUACCGGAUUCUCAAAGGAAUAAUAAUAAUAUCUUUAGAGUGGCAAUGAACCAAACUCAAGAUCCUUUAAUCCGUAAAGUUCAAGUAAGACUAAACAAUGAUAAUUAUCCUAACCAACCUUUAACAAUUAAUCCAACCACAAAGGAUUAUAAUGAAUUGUAUAGAAACUAUAAAAAUAUGUGUGAAUUAUUUGGAAAUCUACCUCAGUUUGAAUAUGUAGAUGAAUUUAAAUAUUCAUAUUGA